CUCUCGUCUUGUGCCCAACUCGGUAGUGGCACUUCGAUGGCACCUCUCCGCACUUGUUUCAGGGUAGCCUCGUGCUCGAUUUGCAUGACAACGGGGGGAAGUCAGGCUGCAAAUGUGCAGCGGCAGAAGUCAAAGCUAAUGCGGUCCAGGUUGACUACGUACGUACUGUAUAAGAUCCCAGCCCUCGAAUCGAAGCCCGAACUGAGCUCUCUUCAUUUCCCAUGCUGCUCCUCUCAACAGCGCACAUCCUCCCCCUGCUCUCCAUCGUUGCCCUCACGGUGGAGCUGACCGCAGCGGUGAGCCUGCCGAUCUACCUCGGGGCCGCGCUCUCUGCCGUGUUCUUCCCCUCCCUCCAUCUCGGGUGGAACAACAACAGCACAUUCGCGUCGUCAUCCAGCUAUAAUCUCGAUAACAUUUGGACUGAUCUCCGCAACCUCGGCGACGGGGCCCGUUCGUACAGCGAGGGCGUCAUCGCCGAUGCCCUCAAACAAUCGGAGCAGCUCAAAGCUGGAGUUGCCGAGUUCAGGGAGUACGCGGAGAAGGCAUUGGAUGCAUCGACCGUGCUUUUGAAUCUGGCCGCGCCGGAUGCCGCAUUUCUCGAGAAGAGGGGAGACCAGCACACACUUGCCUUCACGCAAAGCGAGAUCGUCGCCGACCUAGAAGACGCGUUGCAAGCUGUCGCGCACGAGCUGCAGGCGAUGUUCCCUGCGCCUGAUCAGGCUCCCGGGCACGCGCAACGCCUAGAGGUCGUGGCGAUUGCUCUGGACAAGGCUGGUGCCGCGCUCAUUGGUGUCCUGGCCCAGCACGGGUACAACGAAACACGCGUCAGCGAGCACUGGAACGCGACUUUGGCGCCUGCGAUCUACGGCUUCACGGUCGUGCUGGGCGAUCUGGCUGAACAACACCCUGACCUGCUUGCCGCUCUUCUUUUCCGGCUUGCUCCACUGAUGCUGCCUGCUCCCUUCUUUCUCCUGCGUCCUUUGCUCCGCUUGUUUGGAUUCGGCCCACUCGGUCCUGUCAAAGGUCUGACCGUCGUUGUCUUGGGUUCCACGGCAGCUUGGGCUCAGCGCCUCUUCUUCGGAGCGAACGUUCCCGAGGGCAGCUGGUUUGCCAUGCUUCAACGAGCAGGCAUGAAAAUUAUCUUCGGAUUCUUCGGUGCUCGGAAAUGAACAUUGAACGGUGAUCCACAAGGAUCUUUAUAUCUUGGCAAUCAUUUCCGCAGAAAUGUCAUCGGUUUUGCUCACUCAAGUCCUGAAAGCGUAAGACGACUUGGCUUACCUCAGGAUACUUUCCAGCCAGCACGUGCAGGGGCCAUCUCUAUCUAAUCUAAUCGCCAUCUGCGGCGAUUACAAAAACGAUGACCCGAAAGUCGGCUCCAGCGUUCCCCUUCCGUCGGAGAUAAGUUCUUAAACACAUCAAAAACAUUUUUCCGCAAUCUGCCGAUGUAGUGUACAAGCAGCCCGGGGAUGGGUAU